AUGAUGAUGAUGAUUAUAUCGAUAAUUAUUUUAAUCUAUCAUAUAAAUUCUAACUUUGCUCAAAAUCCAAUACUAGGAUUACAGGUUAAAAUUACACCGAAUAUUGAAGAACUAGAUGAGUUAAACGUUUUAUCCCGUGAGGAUAAUUCAAUUACAGUACUUCCAUCUCGUCGUCCAACUGGAUCGUAUUCUAUCUCAAGAACAACACCUACACAAAAUACAUAUGCUUCUCCUUUACCUAAUUCCAAUUGUUUCUGUUCGUAUGAUCAAAUCAUAAAUUUAUUAUUAUGUUCUCCAUUAUUACAAACGUCUACUUCUCAUCCACUUUCCGAUACAAAUAUUUCAUUGAUCAAUAUAACAUUAAAUGAUUGUAUAUUUUCUACAAAUCAUUUAAAUCUACCAAUGAUUCAACGAAAAAAUAUUGAUCAAUUAAGAUUAUAUAAUGUUAAUCAUCGAAAUUAUCUUGUUCUUGAUGGUUCAUCUUUUUCUUCAUAUUCAAUAAAUAAUUUAUUUAUUGUUUAUAGUUAUACUCUACCAAUAACAAUGUUACUUAUUUCAAAUGAUACAUUUUCAUUAUCAUCAAUAAAUUUAUCAUUACGUACACUUUAUAUAAGUUCAUGUUAUAUUGUAACAUUAAAUAAACCAUUUAAAAGAUUAUUUUUACUUGAAUCUAUUUCAUUAAUAAAUAUUUAUCAAUUUUCUUGGUAUGAUUUUCAACAACAAAUUGUUCUUCUACCAAAAUUACAAACGAUUUAUAUUGUUGAUGAAAUAUUUUCAUUGACAGGUGAUAUUUUUAAUGCAAUAUCAUGUCAAGAUCUAUCAUCUCAAUGGACAUUUACUUAUCGUUCAUUACAAACAUGUAGUUGUAAAUAUAUUUCAUUUUUACAAACAAUGCAUCGUUUACCGAAUUCAUAUAAAUGUCCGAAUUCAAAUAAUGCGAUUGAUUUUAUGGAUGAUAUUUGUCAAUUUAAAGAAAAAGAAUAUCAAAUACAAGAUGAACCGAAUUUAUUUUGUAAUCGAUGUUUAACUUUUCCAUGUCCUAAUGGAACAUUAUGCGCAGAAGUCUAUGAUUCAGAACCAGUUUGUGUACCAUUAUCAAGAUAUGAUUAUGAAACUAUUAGUAAUCGAAUACCAUUAACGCCUUAUACACAACCGUUUCUAUUUCGAGAAAGUCAACAAUUUCUUAGUAGUAAUGCAAAUAGAACAUUAGGUCCAACUGCAUUUAAUUCUGUUGCAAAUGUUUUAAUUGAUUCUAAUCGAAAUAAUCUACAAAAUUCUCAAAAUGAUGCACAAAUGUUUCAUCAAACAUUUUCAGAAAUGCUUGAUCGACCAUGGUCACCAACAGUUUUUAGUUCACCAAAUACAUCAUCAGGUGUUUGGCAACAAUUAUUAGUUUCAUUAGAUGGUUCAAUUAAAAAUCUUAAUGAUAGUGAACCAAAAUUUGUAUUUCAAAGUAAACCGAUAUCAACAAUGAGUCUACCUUUUCUACCAGAACAACAUUCACAAGGAACAUACGGUUGGAAAAUAACACAUGAUAAUCAAAUAACAGCAAAUAUUACAGAUUCACAAUCAAAUGAUAUUAAUGUAACAACACGUGUGUUUCUAAAAUUUAAUAUUAGACAACAAAAUAUGCCUAUGUGUAAUAGUUCAAAUACAAAUGAAAAUUGUACAAAUCGUUUUUCAAUAACAUCACUUAAAUCACCGAAAUUAUUUUAUAAUACAAAUCGAAUUCCUCAAUAUGAUGUUAUUUCAAUAUUAGCACCAAGUCCAAAUCAAACUGUUACAUUUUAUUUUGAUCAAAAACUAGAUUUAACGAAUACAUCUGAUUCUUCAAUAAAUAUAACAACAAAUUCUUCUAUAACGGAUUCAUUCUAUGAUCAACUUGAUAUUAUGAUUUCUGAAGGUACUUGUAUGUAUUUAAAUAUGACAAGUAUGGUUUGGCAAACUGAUGGAUGUAUAACAGAUCGUCAAUUAUCGAAUAAUAUUUCAGUCAUAUGUACAUGUGAACAUUUAACUAUGUUUACAGUAUUUUUUUCGUUAACAUGUGCAACACCAUCUCAAGCAUUAGAAGUUUUAAGUUGGAUUGGAUGUAUAAUUUCAAUUGUUAGUCUUUUGGCAAUACUUGUUAUGUUUAUUGUAACUAGUCAAUGUCGAAAACCAAAAGAUUCUGCUAAUGGAAUGCCAUCAUCAUCACAAUCGAGUUCAAGUCAAGAAUUACGACGACGAAUUAUGAGUAAACCACGUCGUUUUUCAAUAACAAAAGCAAUGUUAUUUAUUUUAUGUAUUUUAUUAAUCUUAAUGAAUAUUCUCAUAUUUAUUUUAACAUUUAUUAAAUCGGGUCGAAAUCUUACUUGUACAAUUUUAGCAGCAUCACUCUAUUAUUUCACUUUAACAGCAUUUAUAUGGAAAUUUUGUUUUGCUUUACAACAAAGUUUAUUUAUAACAAAUAUAUUUCAACCAAUUUGGUCCGAUCGAACAUUAUUUAUAAUUUAUUUUAUUAUAACAUUUUCAAUACCGAUUUGUCCAUUAAUGAUUAUGUUUAUUAAAUAUGAGAAUUCCGUAUUUAUAUCAUCGACAUGUAAUUAUUGUUGGUUAACACGUGAAUUUUUACUCUAUGGACUAAUUAUUCCAAUAUUAGUUAUUCUAUGUUUUAAUAUAAUGUUUUAUUUAUAUACAAUGAUUCAUUUAUGUGUACGAAAUCGUCAACAACCAGGUUUACGUUCAACAAAAUCUGAUCAUUCUCGACGUACACAAAAUUUUAAAAUUGGACUUUUCUUUGCUAUUAUUAUGGGUUUUAGUUGGAUAAUAGGUUUUCUUCUUCUUAUACCUAAUUCAUAUGUACAAUAUAUUGGAAAUAUUCUAUUUUGUAUUGUCAAUACAUUACAAGGCUUUGCUUUUUCAAUUAUGGUUUUUUGUAUGCUUGAAAAGAAAUCCUUUCGUAAAUGUUUUUGCUUUUGGAGAUACAAAAAACCAGCGAAUACCGCCACAAAGUCACCCAAUGUUAUACCUCAAGAUUCAUUACCAACAUCGAAUGAUGAUAAUGAUGCAAAGAACAAGAAUAUAUAUAAUUCAUCGAUUUAUACAUCAUCAACAACAUCCGAUAUUGAUAAUACAAAGAAAUUACCAACAGAAAAAGAAGACAAUGAUCAAGAACAUAUUUAUAGUUCGCCGACAUUUUGA